AUGCCGUUUCCAUUUUUUUCAGAAGCGACAACAUUCAUAAGAAUCCUUCCAAGGAGUCGGAAAGAGAUGCUCUACUGCCGGUUCUGUUCCUACUCGUCCAUUUUCGCGCACUCCGUGAAAACCCACGAGCGGAUCCACACGGGCGAACGCCCCUUCAAAUGCACCGUGUGUCAUGCGGGCUUCACUCAGAAGCAACACCUGGUGGCGCAUGUUCGCAUGCACACCGGCGACAAAAUGUUCCGUUGCAACCUCUGCCGUUGUGCCUACGCGGAGGAACACUACCUCGCUGCACACAUGGAAACGCACUUGGGCGAACGCCCCUUCCCGUGCGAGCUGUGCCCGAAAAGGUUUCGGGACCGGUGGUCUCUGGACAGGCACCAGCAGCCGUCUGUCGACACAAAAAACUCGUCCGUGCCGAGGAAGUUCUAUCGCUGCAAAUACUGCCUCUUCAGGACCUCCAACAUCAGCAGCUUCAACAUACACAGGGACACUCACGGAGGCAACGACGAACGUCUGCCGGUUCCCGUCUCGUCGAUCAAGCAGGAGCCGGAGUCCUACAGCUGCCACCUGUGCGCGGCCGCGUUUCAGACGCAGGACGUCCUGCAGGUCCACCUGCAGAAGCACAUCACUUCCUCCCACCUCUACCACUGCAGCGUGUGCGACGCCGUGUUCGGUAACGUCGAGAUGAGGGACGAACACAUGGUGGUGCACACGAAGGAGAAAGUGUACAAGUGCACCGUGUGUUCGCGGCAUUUCUUCAAGAGGUACCUGCUCUCGAUUCACAUGCGGACGCACACGGGGGAGAAGCCGUACCCGUGUAAGAUCUGUUCGAAGCAGUUCAGUAUAGGAUCCAACCGUGACAGGCACGUGCGCCUGGUGCACGGGCCGGGCUCGAAGUCGCGUAGGCUCGUGUGA